UAUGUCCGUGAGCUGAAGACAAAACAUCCAAACGCAGCAAACAGGUGGAGAUCUCCACCCCAGAGUGGGGCCGAUACGACCCUGGCAGGCAGCCUGGCUAACAAAUAGUGCAACAGUGCAACAGUGCAACAGUGCAAACACCACAAAGCACAAAGCAAUGCAAACAACAACGUCAUGACCCUCUCAUGCACUCCUCGAUCCAUCCACUCAAUCCAUCUCUUUCCCUCCCUCCCUCUCUUCUCUCUCUCACUCUCUCGUUCUCGCCCAACUUUAUUGUCAGAUUGUCAGACUCGUUGGAAAUCGCACCCGUAUGCCUGCGUCACUUCCGCUUUUCCCACAGCUCCAUUGGAUCGUUCCACCACUCAGCGGGGGAGUUCGGGGGACAAAAACAAAAUCAUGAUGAAUGGACCGACCUCCAAGGAAUCCCCUUCCUUGCGUGGUGGGGUAUCGUUCGUUCCAUCAAUAGUUGCGAGUCUCAUCAUCCAUGGCUGACUGAUAAGAUCCAUGCCCCGGUGGGCUGUUUGCAUUCCGACUCUUUUCCACAAAUGUUCAGGGACAUGCUACUCAUACAGGGCACCGUCCCCCCCUCUCUUCCCCCCCACCAGCAGAAGGCCACUACUUAUGCAGCUGGUCUUGCUUUUCCUGUUUAUUUACACCUCGCUCAGAUCUUCUCGGUGCUGCAAGGGCCGACUGACUUGACUGACUGACUUGCAUUUCACCCCUCUUCCUCUUCAUCCUCCUCAUUUUACCCCUCUUUCCUCCAUACAUACUCCCCUUUGCACCCGACGUGCAUACGCAUUUAUACAACAACAUUCUUAGGCGCACACAAACUACAUUGCCUUCUCUUUGUUUCUCUCUCCCUACCUCUUUCUCUCUC